GGUUGCGUUUGCUUUUGCGAGUUUUAGUGUUAGUGUUGGUGUUAACAGGACGCGCCAGUCGUCGAUGUCUAUGUUUAGGUUAGGUUUUAUAUGUUCAUUAGGAAAGUGAAGUGGGUGAUGGUUGCGAUUAUCACUAUGAUAACUAGAAGUGAUGUGUUAAUUACAGUAUGCAAUCUUUGAAAUGUUGAUGGUUCGUUUAGUCAUAAUUCCACUCAACAUGAUAUAAAUUUGAAGUUAUUAUUAGCAUAGUUUAAUUUAAAAUAUUUAAAUAUGUUAAAAACAUAUUCUCGGAAAAAGAAGGCUGAGCAAGAAAAAUUACCAAGUAGGGUUAGGCCUCCUGUAGAUGAUGAAGAUGAAAAAAGACACUUUCAAAAAGUUGUUUAUGCCUUUAAGUCUUACAGAUCACACUUAAGCAAAAAGUUCACUACCAAUAGACAACUUCUGGAAUCAUUACCAGAACGUCAACAAUAUCUCUUGAAAACAUACAAGGAGAGUUUACAAGAAGUUGAGAAAUGUGUACAACAUAACCAAAGCCUUAUUGACUUAAUUGUCAAAGAUGUAUUUUUCAUGUUUGAAAAUGCCAAUGCUCCUGCUCCCAGCCAAGAGUUAGUGGAAGAAGAACCUUCUGUUAUGGAUUUGGAAAGGGUGCAAACAACACUGAAGCAGUUUGUGAGGGAUUGGAGCAAAGAGGGUGCUUCUGAACGUAAUACAUGUUACCAGCCAAUCAUUGAUGAAGUACUGAAAAACUUUUCUCCCGAACACUGUGAACCUGACAAAAUUCAAGUACUGGUACCAGGUUCGGGUCUAGGCAGACUUGCCUUUGAAAUUGCUUCUAAGGGAUAUUCGUGUCAAGGCAAUGAGUUUUCUCUCUUUAUGUUGAUUGCUUCACACUUUGUGCUCAAUAAAUGUAAUCAGAAGGAAAUGUACAGUUUAUAUCCAUGGAUUCACCAAGUAGAAAACAACCUAACACCACAACAUCAAAUGCAAAUGAUUUAUUUCCCAGAUGUAAAUCCUAGUGAACUCCUCAGACCUUCAGCAGCAAAUUUCACUAUGGCUGCAGGGGAUUUUCUGGAGAUCUACACAAAGGCUGAAGAAUGGGACUGUGUUGCAACAUGUUUUUUUAUAGACUGUGCAAACAACAUUGUUGAUUUUAUCGACAAAAUACACUACAUCCUCAAACCAGGUGGCCUUUGGAUAAACUUAGGACCUCUUUUAUAUCACUAUAGUAACAUACCUGGAGAAUUUUCGAUUGAACCAGCUUAUAGCACCGUUAGAGAAGUAAUAGCUGGAGUAGGCUUUGAAAUGGAGAAAGAGGAAACUAAUUUGAAGACAACAUAUGGACAAAAUCCCAAUUCUAUGCUCCAGUAUGAAUAUAACAGUGUAUUUUUUGUUUGUAGGAAAGUAAAAUUAGAAACGUGAUGAGGAGGAAAGAUUAUGGAAAUUUCACUACUAUGUAUAUUUGUGAUGACACCUCUGGAUAGAAUUCAUACAUUUAAAAAAUUAACAAUGUUGAUUUGAAAUGGUCUACAUUAUUUUUAAAUUUGCUGUGAACCUAGACUUACAUAAAGAUCCAGUUUAGAUCAAGAACUGGCAACUGAAUAACCUCUAUUGGCAAGCCAUUUUUCACUUUUGCAAGGGUAUUUUAUACAAAAUUUAAGAAAUAUUAAAUACUUUAUUUGAUCAUG